AUGAAUUCGCCCUCUCUUCUUCUUCGUCUUCUUCGGGAGAUGAUGAACGCGAUACAAUGUCUGGACCUCGAAUCUUUACGCAUAUCGAUAUAUAUAUAUAUAUAUAUAUAUAUAUAUUAUGAUGAUGAUGAUGAUGAUGAUGAUGAUGAUGAUGAUGAUGAUGAUGAUGAUGAUGAUGAUGAUGAUGAUGAUGAUGAUGAUGAUGAUGAUGAUGAUGAUGAUGAUGAUGAUGAUGAUGAUGAUGAUGAUGAUGAUGAUGAUAAUAAUAAUGGGUGCUCACCGAUCAGGUUACGGAAACGGCUCGUUCCGUUGUGCCUGCGAGGGUUCUAG